AUGGAGGACAGAAGCUGGACAAUAGGAUUCUGGAACUGCGCAGGAAUAGCAAAUAAAGACGUAGAAUUUUGGGAGACAAUAAAAGAGUGGGACGUGGUAAUACUUAUAGAAACCUGGCUGGAAGAGAAAGGUUGGGACAGGAUAAGGGACAGGAUGCCAAAAGGGUACAGGUGGGAAGCGCAACUAGCGAAAAGGAAAAACAAAAAAGGGAGAGCAAUGGGAGGGAUGAUAAUGGGGGUGAAGAAAGGUAUCCUGGGUAAGGAAGGGGGGAUCAGAGUUGAAGAGGAGAAAGAGGGCAUAAUAAUGGCAGAAUGCAAAGGCGGAAAGCUGAACUGGAGGAUUGUGGGGGUAUACGUAAACGGAGACAUGGAAGCAAAGAUAAAGGAUCUUAGACCAUGGUUAGAAGAAAUAGGGGAAGGGAGAAGGACAAUAAUAGGGGGUGAUUUUAAUGCGAGAACGGGAGAGGAGGUGGGAAGCAAGAGAGAGGAGGAGGACGAAGAAGGAGAGGAAAAAAGAAGGUCCAAAGAUAAGAAGAGCAAUGCCGAAGGAAACAGAUUACUAGAGACCCUGAGGGAGACAGGAUGGACUAUUCUGAAUGGAACCAUAGAAGGGGACAAGGAUGGUGAAUUUACAUACACAGGGGCCAGAGGAGAAACGGUGAUCGACUACGUUAUAGUAGAAGAGGAAGGAAGGGAAGAGAUCAUAAGAAUGGAAGUGGGUGACAGGAUAGAGUCAGACCACCACCCCCUGAUAGUAGAAAUGAGAGGGGGAGGAGAACAAUACAUAAUAGAAGAAAGGAGAAGGAAGACAACGCCAAGAGGGGACUGGUCGGAACAGGGGAGGAAAGAUUUUAUAGAAGGAAUAAGCUGGAGGAGAUCGAAGAACAAGAAAUUGAACGCUGAUAUGAAAAUGAUACUAGAAGAGUUCAGGAAAGGACUUGAGAGAGGAAACAAGAAAGGGCGCAAGAGCAAGAAAAAAUGA